CAACCGUGACCCAGCCCAGGAAGAAUUCAAAGGUAAACAACAAGAAGGCCUCCACGUUAGAUUAAUUGCUUGAAUUACCUCAAGAUAGACUCCAAGAAGUUGUUAGGAGAGCAAUAUCUAGUACACAAGUAUCACAAUGUUUACAAGUGUGCCCUGGAGGCAGGGCUUGCGAUGUUACAGUUCAGGCUGUCGCACUAGCAGUAUAUUGGCUCUACUGCAUGACAAGCCAAUCAACCAAACUGUUAAAGUUAAUGGCUGGGUGAAGGGCAUCAGGCGACAGAAGGAGCGAAUCUUUGUAGAUGUCGACGAUGGCUCUUGUUCCCAGAAGUUACAGGUUGUGUUGCCAUCAGGAAAGAGGUCAGUGAACUUAGGGUUCCAUGCAUCCGUUUCAGCUACAGGAGUUUUACAUUCCUCCUCCCACAAAGGACAGGACGUUGAGAUGGUCACAGAUGAAAUACAGGUAAUUGGUGGAGCAGUCCAAGAGGAGUAUCCUUUCAAGUCUCGUCAGUUACACCCACCAGAGUAUGUCCGUAAAUUUCCUCACCUUCGGGCUCGUACCAACUCCUUCAGCUCUCUGUUGCGAGUCCGCUCCCAGGCAAAAAUGGCAAUUCAAGAGUACUUCCGUAAAGAAGGCUUCAUUAAUAUUGACACACCGGUACUGACAACCAAUGACUGCGAGGGUGGUGGAGAAACAUUCUCAGUUCGUCUUUUCAACAGCAAUACUACUGAAGAAAGAACUGCAAAUGAUUCCAGUUACUUUGGCCAGGAAGCUCAUCUGUCGGUUUCUGGCCAGUUACAUCUGGAAGCCAUAGCCUGUGGGCUGUCCAAGGUUUACAACUUCAACCCAGCAUUCCGUGCAGAAAACUCUCACACUCGGAGGCACCUGGCAGAGUUUUGGAUGGCGGAGGCUGAAGAAGCAUUUCUCUGUGGAACAGAAGGUCUUUCUUUAUUGAUGGACAGAAUUGAGGGACUCAUUAAAACAUCUAUUCAGACUGUAAUUGAUGUGCAAGAGGAGGAUGUUCUCUAUCACUGGAAGUCAAAUGAAAGUACUGAAGAACUGGUUAAAGGAGCUUUGUGUCAGCCAUUUGUACGCCUUCCAUAUGAUGAAGCCAUGAAGCUCCUUCAAGAUAAAAGCCACUUCUUUCAGACGCAACCACUACCCAGGGGUGACCUCGGCAAGGAGCACGAACUCUUUUUAACAAAACACUUGGGAAACAUUCCAGUAUUUGUGACACACUGGCCACGAGAAAUUAAACCUUUCUAUAUGUGUGCUGAUGAAAAUGAUCCACAAUUGGUGAUGGCUGUUGAUCUGUUGUUACCAGAUAUUGGAGAGGUUGCAGGAGGAGGACUAAGGGAACAUUGUCCCUCUCGACUUCACCAAAGACUUCAGCAACUACACCUCUUGGACAAGCUUGAAUGGUACCUAGACUUACGGAGACUAGGUGGAAGCACUCCUACUGGUGGGUUUGGCAUAGGCUUUGAGAGAUUUCUUCAGUUCAUACUUGGCAUUGGUAACAUUAAAGACACUAUACCAUUUCCACGAUGGGCAAAACAUUGUUCCUGCUGACGAAUAAAAAAAUUAAUCGUCUGUGAUGUGCAUAGUGGAAGUAAAUGAUGAUCUUUCAGAGAAAUACAAUACUGUACAAUACAGUAUUACAUUUGUGUGUAUUCCUGAACAUCACACACUGCAUGAUAUCUACAGAGAGGUAUCAAUAUGGUAUAUCUUCAGCAGCAACAUAAAAAAUAAUAAAAGAAAUUCAAGUAAAUAGUGCAGAGUUGUGCUGUAAGAUUUAUAUUAUUACAGUACUAGGAGGGGUACCCAGCAGUGCCCAGGUGCCCUCCCCAUCCCCCCUUGUCCUCUUAACUCUCCCUCCCCUUACCCUGACCCGACUCUCCCCCCUCAUCUUCUCCCCCUUUCCUUCCUACCCUUACCCUCGUCCUUCCUCCCACAUCAACCCCUCUCCCCUUCCUCCCACUUUUCCUCUCAUCCUCCCCCCAUCCUCCCAAACCACUUCCCCUGUUGAGCCACUCUUCACUUCAAUAACAUAUAAUAUUAGGGAGCAAUGAAACAACUUUGUGUUUAAGAAAAUUAUUUUUUCUGAUGAAAAACUCUUCGGGCAUCUCCACCAAAAUUUCACACUUGACUACAACUGAAUCUGUGAGAAUUGGGUGGGGUGUGGGAUAUAUUAUUUUAAUAAUAUAACACAUUAAUAAUAUUUCAUAAAACUAAGGCCUAUCUCGACCAGCCAUUGUCUGUCUCGUACCUCAAACCAUUUCCCUUACAAAUUUAGUUAAGGCUCGCCCCAAGCAUCUGGCUUCCAACUUUGAACAUACAGACACACACUUCUCUCUUAUACUGUAGUAUAGAUUAUUAUUAUUAUUGUUGUUGUUGUACAAUGAAAUUAUAUUAAUGUGUUGUAUCAAUAAGAAAAUCAGGUCCAGAUUUUGUCAUUGAUACAACAAGUUAACAUGGUUUCUUUGUGCUUUGAAGAGAAACGUUGGUGGUAGAACUCCUGGACCACACUGGAGUGUAUAUGCGGGUAAUGUGUGAAGCCCUGAUCUGGUAUCAGUUGCUGCCUCAGAACUCUCCCUAGAAGACUUAGUUAAAUCCCAAGUUACAUGACUUUACAUUGCAUAUCAUAGUCCAGUGGUUUAAGGUGGGCUCUUGGGGGCUUCCAGUGUACGGGUUCAAGUCAUCCUCGUGGCGCUCACAGGUUUUCUCAUAAUUAUUAUUUUUAUUAUUAUUAUUAUUAUUAUUAUUAUUAUUAUUAUUAUUAUUACAUUAUUAUUAUUAUUAUUAUUAUUUCAUUAUUAUUAUUAUUAUUAUUAUUAUUAUUAUUAUUAUUAUUAUUAUUAGAAUUUAUGCUUCAAUCCCAUGUUUUAGCCUAAGAGUCAUUAAUGUAAAUACUUCAGUGAGGCAUAAUAAAGAGUUUUCUAA